AUGGACUCUACAAUUGAAGUUCGUUUAGAUAAUAUAUUCUUCAAGUCGUUUACUGCCGACUCAAACCACGGAUGUCCACUUUAUAUCUUUGAUUCGACGUAUCUUCCAUCUACGGAAGAAGUUGAAAGUCGUGAAGUCUACGAUUUGCUGAUUGAUGAACUGAUGAAUAAAUUGGUCACUAAACUGCCAGACUGUGCCUUUUCGUUGGUGGUGUUUAGCUCAGGGUUCUCGCAAAAUAAUGUUAGCUGGAUUUACGGCCUAAAAAUGUUUUCAAAGAUUCCGAAAGCUAUGCGGGUAAGACUUCAGAGGCUCUACGUUGUUCAUGAAUCUUUGUUUGUGCGCUCUGUUUAUCAAGUUUUGACCAACGCUCUAAACAUCAACCCGUUCAAAAAUAAAGAUACAGCUACUGAGGGUGUACCCGUUCAGCACGUAUCAAACCUCGCAGAACUUGCUUGCAUUAUCGAUAUUACGAAAAUACGAAUAUCGCUCAACGUGUAUCUGUUUGAUUACCAAAUAACGGGAACUACGUGCCUGCCAGACCCUCAGGUGGGAUCUCGAUCCCCACUAGCCAAUCGACAGUACAGGCAAUUGGCGUUUGACAAGAUCUUUAGGAGAUUGAAGACAGAAGCUCCGCGGCAUGAGCUGGUAUUCCAGAAGCCGGGUGCUUACCAGAAGGUAAACAUCUUACUUGGGAUCGUAGCGAGAAAUAACUACGUGGAUCUUUCACAAUGGGACGUGUACUCACUCGGUACCUUAUUUUUGCAUUUUAUAAAGGGGAAAUCAAAGCCUAUUUUCUCCAUCAACCUCAUACCCCUCCCGAUUAGCGAAUCUCUGGAUUAUACCUACAAUACCUUCGUCAACAUGAUGCUGUACAAUGGCUAUUAUGAGCUCGUUGUAUACAUAUUUGAGCUGUUCUUGAGUCUCCUAGACAAUUCCAAGAUAACUUUGCAUGAUUACAGAUCUCUAAGCAAAUGUUUAACUCCCACGCUAUGUCAAGAAAAAGUGUCUAUAAAGACCUCAGAUCGGUUGGCCGUUGGGCAUAGAUAUAUCACCAAUGUUCUCAAGCACUUCAAACAGCUAAGGGCCAAGAUCGAUGGCAAUCAGUAUGACGCUGCUGGUGUUAUGGGUAAUUCUCAACCACUUCAUAUCAAAAAUUCCGUACCCCUCAUACCACCCCCCAGAAAGUCUGGCAGCACAGGUGAAACAUCCAGUAACGACAGUUUCGUCCGACAGGUACCUUUGGAAGCAAAACCCCCGCCCUUACCAAAGAGAAAAACACCAGAUCUAUCAGGAGACACGCGGCAUAUAACUCCACCUACUACAUCGAGAGCUUCAUCCAGCUCAUCUAGUAUUUCUGAAAAUAUGCAAAAUGUCAAAGACGGUACUAAACCCUCAUUCCUUGGUACCUCAACGGGUCUCUUAUCCGGGGAGUCUCUGACAAGCACGUCAGAGGUCACCUCUAUGGCUGCUUCAGAUACUCGUAUUCCCAGUGACUCUUCCAUAUCUUUGAAAGAACCAUUCGAGACCGUGGAGGCGCGUCUAAUUGCCGAGGAAGCUGUGACUUUCAAGCCUAAGCCCGCCGAAAAUGAGUUCAAGAUCGAUGAAAACAUGGCAAAUUUACUAAUCGAAAACAACGCGAGUAUAAGAAAUUUGGACUCGGAGCUCAAGAAAAAGAAGCUGGAAUCUAAUGUAAAAACUAAAAGCUCGUCGAAUACCAGCUACUCCGACAUCAAAGCCGGAAACAAAGUUAGUAGACUGGCAGCUUUAUAUGAGGAGAGACUCGUUGGUAUACGAGUUAUGGAGGAUAUGCGUAGACAAGGAAGGUGA